AUGCUGCUACAGGGAGGCAACCACGAGGAGGGGGCAGAGAGGGCAGAAAGGCCAAUUGAAGCUUCAGAAGUGAGGCGCGUGUAUGGGAAGAUGGUAGAACCUCCAACCCUCCACCCAUCCCAUGAUGCAAACCUUCCACCCAUUCCGCACCCCUUCUCCUCUCCACCCAUCCCGCACCCCUUUUCCUCUCCCAUCCCACCCCUUGCGUCAGCAACAAAGGACAGGCAUGUGAACCCCCUCCCUCCACCCAUCCCGGACCCCUUUUCCCCUCUCUUGCACAACAGCGCAAUGUUCAGGAGAGCUGAGCUCUCUCUUUUCACACAACCCCCUCUACCCCUGCCCGAGGGACUGAGAUUGCGCAUGCCAUGCAUCGUGCACAUUGCAACUGCUUCCCCUCCUCGCCCCUCCCCUCCUCGCCCCUCCCAUCCUCACCCCUCCCCUCUCCUCCUGCAUGGCUUGUCUGCCAUCGGUCCUGCUUCCUCGCCCACACUCACAUUCAACCGAGUCAACGCCGGUCAACGGGACUUCCCUGCCAUCCACUCACUGCCCUCCCCUCGCCUCGUCCGCCGCUGCCACCACUGCCUGCCGGCGCUGCUUCCUCACCACCGAAACGGCCUGACAGCCAUGGGGAGGAGGGGAGGGGGAAGAGACAGGCAUGCGCGGGCAACAGACGGCAAUCUCAAGGGCGCCUUGCUUCUCACCAUGAGCGGAGCGAACAUUGCAGCAGCACUGCCAUGGCAUGUGCUGCCUAUGAGUGCUACCACUGCCGCCUGUGCUGCCAGCACAGCACGACUGUCAGCAACCCCUCUUGCGCCCAAUCCCACUUCGCUGCUCAUCCCCCCCCCCUUGCCCAUCCCCCCUUGCGCCCAUUCCCCCGUGAUUGCCUGCGGUCAAUCGAGGCUGCUUGUAGUGAGACGGCUCGCAGAUCCGCGCUCCAACUCCGCCCGCGCAUGUUCUCACCCCCCCUCUCCGCGCUGCCCUGCAGCUUCCCCCGCGCUCGCGCAAACCCGCGCUGCUGCGGCAUCAGGCGAAGGUGGACGGGAGGAGCGGCGCAUGUAA